GAGAUUCCCAAUUCCGCCAUCCAAGAUGAAGUCAAUGUUCAAAAACUCCCGAGUCUACGUGCUCACCUCGGUGGCGUACAUGGGAUCGUUUCUAUUUGGCUACGACACCGGCAUAAUGGGCAGCGUGCUAGCCUUAGACAGCUUUAAGAAGGACUUCAAUCUCCCUGUCUCCAGCACCGGCUUUUCAGAUAGCAAAAAUGCGGAAAUUUCCUCGAAUGUCGUAUCCCUCCUGACAGCUGGCUGCUUCUUCGGAGCCAUCGGAGCCGCAUACGCCAAUGAAAAAUUUGGCCGUCGAUACUCGCUCAUGGGCCUAUGCAUCAUCUUUCUCAUCGGAGCUGCUGUCCAAACAGCCGGAAAAAGUACAAUCGCAUACAUCUAUGCUGGGCGGGUGAUUGCCGGAUUAGGUAUUGGUGGGAUGUCGUCGAUAACCCCCGUUUACGUGGCGGAGAACUGUCCUCCGAAUGUUCGAGGGAGAAUAUCUGGACUAUUCCAGGAGUUCUUGGUAAUUGGCGUUACGGUUGCGUAUUGGCUUUGCUAUGGGGUUGCGAAGGGUGUUGCGCCUUCGACAAAACAAUGGCGGAUUCCGAUUGCUAUUCAACUUGUUCCUAGCGGUAUUAUGCUCGUUGGACUCUUCUUUCUGACUGAAUCGCCUCGAUGGUUGAUGAAGCAAGGCAGACAUACCGAAGCCUCGGAUGCAUUGGCGUAUAUGCGCUGUGAAGACAUCCACCAUCCAGAUGUACAGCAAGAGCUCGCUGAAAUCCAAGCAUCAAUCGAUGAAGAACUCAGUGCAACCGAAGGAACAACCUGGAAAGAAGCCUUCCUCCCAGGAAACAGACAGCGCUUUAUGAAUGCCUUCAUAAUCAUGUUCUGGCAACAAUUCACCGGCACAAACAGUAUCGGAUACUACGCACCGCAGCUGUUUCAAACGAUUGGAGUAACCUCGACAGACACAAGUCUCUUCACAACAGGCAUCUACGGCGUCGUCAAAGUCGUCGCAACAGGUCUCUUCCUUCUGGUCGGCAUCGACAGAAUCGGCCGUCGCUGGUCCCUGAUCAGCGGUGGACUCUGGAUGAGCGCGAUGAUGUUCAUCAUCGGCGCAGUCCUGGUGACAAAACCACCUCUCAACACCGGCAGCGUUCCUCCUGCGUCCAUCGCAAUGGUCGUCAUGAUAUACCUCUAUGUGAUCGGGUACUCCGCCUCAUUUGGUCCGAUCCCAUGGGUGUAUAUCUCUGAGAUCUUCCCGACCCGACUCCGCGCGUAUGGAGUGGGCAUGGGAUCGGCUACCCAAUGGUUGUUUAAUUUCGUGGUUACGCGCUUCACUCCAGCUGCGAUUAGCAACAUUGGAUGGAAGACGUUUAUCAUGUUUGGUGUUUUUUGCUUCGCGAUGGCCGUUUGGGUUUUUGUAUUUGUGAAAGAGACGAAAGGGAGGGCGUUGGAAGAUAUGGAUGAGUUGUUUGGGGGAAAGAAGAACGAGGAGGUUGAGAAGGGUACGCGUGAUGAUAGUGUCCAUUAGCAUGUAUUAUACUAGAGACUGGGAAUAACAAUAAGUCUAGUCUUUAGCCUUAAUUCCCCCCUUUGUAUAUGACUCGAUGAAAAACCG